AUGACUGCCUACAAAUUUUAUCAAGAGGAUGGUAUUAAUCCUCCUGUAGACGAAUAUGGAAGUGGGCCUGUCAAUAUGGAGGUAGAUGAGGUGAACUAUCCAUUAGGGGACAUUACAAACUACAGUAUCUGCGCUGAUAAAAAGCCUGCUGAAAAAGAAAAAGUUACUCGCGACGUUGAGAUGAAGAAUGCCAAAAACAAGGACACAUCUACUCGAGCCCAUAAUGUUUAUACCGAUCAAGAUAAGGCCAGGUUCUCCAACUUCAUAUAUAAGGGCUCCUCCUUGACCAGGAAAAAGGCCGAUGAUCAGAUGAAUUUGGAGUAUCUGAAGAAAGUAUUGCUCAAGUUUGCUUUCCCUCAUCCUCUCAUCAAAUGCAUUUCCAAGCUCAUGGGUGAUAAUGUCAUACGAACCAACAUCAAUGGGCAUUUGUCUAACGAAGUGGCUAAAUUGCGUGACCUAAAGCAGGGCUAUUCUCUCUUCCCUGUUCUCUACAACUAG